AUGGAACCUUUAAAUGAUCCUUUAAAUGACAGAACUAUAAAAACAGUCAAAGCUCCACCUCACAAACCUUUAUCUCGAAAUUUAAUAUGGAAUAAUAUUAAUUCUUGUAAACCUAAUUGGAAAUUAAUAAGAGAUCAUCUAUAAAAAGAAGGAAGGAUAUAAAAAGAAGAUUUAUUAAGAAUAAUAUUAGAUUGCAAUAAAAUACUAAAAAAUGAAAAUAAUUUAAUUUACAUAUAAGAUCCAGUAACUGUUGUUGGAGAUAUUCAUGGUUAGUUUUAUGAUUUAUUGAAGAUUUUAGAAAUAGGAGGAAAUCCCGAAAAUACAAAAUAUUUAUUUUUAGGAGAUUUUGUUGAUCGUGGUUCAUUUUCUAUAGAAAUAACUUUUCCUGAAACAAUAUAUUUUUUAAGAGGAAAUCAUGAAUGUAGAUAAAUGACUUCUUUUUUUAAUUUCCGAGAUGAAUGUAAAUCUAAAUACGAUCAAGAAGUAUAUGAUAUAUUCAUGGAUUCAUUUGAUUUAAUACCUUUAUCAUGUAUAGUAAACGGGAAAUUUCUAGCUUUACAUGGAGGAAUCUCACCUGAAUUAAAAACUAUAGACGACAUCAAAAGACUAGAUCGAUUUAAAGAGCCUCCCAGACAAGGUUUAUUUUGUGAUAUUUUAUGGAGUGAUCCUGUUGAAAAUGAAGAAGGUGCAUGCGAUGGAGUUUAUAAAUAAAAUGAAGUGAGAGGAUGUAGUUAAUUUUUCGGUUUUGAGGCUUCAAAAAGAUUUUUAGAAAAUAACAAUUUAAUCUCUGUAAUAAGAGCACAUGAAGCAUAGUUAGAUGGAUAUAAAAUGCAUAAAUGGGGAGGUAAAGAAUUUCCUAUGUGUAUAACUAUAUUCAGUGCACCAAAUUAUUGUGAUAUUUAUAAUAAUAAAGGAGCUGUUAUUAAAUUUUAAAAUAAUACAUUAAAUAUAUAAUAGUAUAUUUAUUCUUAACAUCCUUAUCUAUUGCCGUAGUUUAUGGAUAUUUUUACAUGGAGUAUACCUUUUGUAGCAGAAAAAAUAACAGAAAUGCUCUAUGUUAUACUUUAAUAAUAGUAAGAUUAAAGUUCAGAUGAAGAAUUAAAUGAAAAUGAAAAAGCUUAAUUAAAUACUUAUUUAAAAUCAUAAUAAUAACCUACAGAUUAAUAAUAAAAAAAUAAUGAAAGAAGAGAUGUUUUAAGAAACAAAAUUAAAUUCUUUUCCAAAAUGAUUAAAAUGUAAAAAGUAUUAAGAUAAGAAUCCGAAAAAAUUGUUAUGCUUAAAGGAAGAUGCCCUGAUAAUAAGAUUCCUAAAGGUUUACUUCUAGAUUCUCAUGCAAUUAAUGAUGUCCUUUGUACUUAUAAUAAAGCUAAAAAUAUUGAUAGUGUAAAUGAAAAAAGACCUGAUUUCAAAGAUUAAUAAGGAAAAUCUUAAAAAUGA